AUGCAGAGUAUGCCAUAUAAGCCAAAGGAGAACCCAUGGGCUCCAGCCCCUGAGGCCUCUGUUUUCCCGGUGAAGACGGGAGACUGGAGAAGAGCAGUCGGAGCUGGAACCUCAGUGCAGAAGCGGGCUGCAGUCUCGGGCUCGGGCUCGGGCUCGGGCUCGGGCUCGGGCUCGGGCUCGGGCUCGGGCUCGGGCUCGGGCUCGGGCUCGGGCUCCGGCGCGGCCCUCGGCCCGGCUCUUUCUUCUGUCGGGCUCUCCAAGCUCACAGCUAGCCUAAGUCGCAGCCAGCUAGUACCGGGUACUGAGUUCUUCAAGUUGUCCGCAGACCCUGGGCACGGGGGUGUCAACCAGCUCGGGGGGGUGUUUGUGAAUGGACGGCCCCUGCCAGAUGUGGUGCGGCAGCGUAUUGUGGAGCUCGCCCACCAGGGAGUCCGGCCUUGUGACAUCUCUCGGCAGCUGCGGGUCAGCCACGGCUGCGUCAGCAAGAUCCUGGGCAGGUAUUACGAAACGGGCAGCAUCAAGCCCGGGGUGAUCGGCGGUUCCAAGCCCAAGGUGGCUACACCCAAGGUAGUGGACAAGAUCGCUGAAUACAAGCGGCAGAACCCGACCAUGUUCGCCUGGGAGAUACGCGACCGACUGCUGGCCGAGGGCAUCUGCGACAACGACACAGUGCCCAGCGUCUCUUCCAUCAACAGGAUCAUCCGGACCAAAGUUCAGCAGCCUUUCCACCCAACCCCAGAUGGGACGGGGACAGGAGUGACAGCUCCUGGCCAUACCAUAGAUGUGUCUGAGGGCUCCGUCCCAAAUGGAGACUCCCAGAGUGGUGUGGACAGUUUGCGGAAGCACUUGAGAGCGGAUACCUUCACUCAACAGCAGCUGGAAGCUUUAGAUCGGGUCUUUGAGCGUCCUUCCUAUCCAGAUGUUUUCCAGACAUCAGAGCACAUCAAAUCGGAGCAGGGGAAUGAGUACUCCCUCCCAGCUCUGACCCCUGGGCUUGAUGAAGUCAAAUCCAGUCUAUCUGCCUCGGCAAACCCCGACCUGGGGAGCAACGUGUCGGGAACCCAGACGUACCCAGUGGUCACCGGUCGUGACAUGGCGAGUACCACCCUGCCCGGUUAUCCCCCCCAUGUUCCCCCCACUGGCCAGGGAAGCUACCCCACCUCUACCCUGGCAGGAAUGGUGCCUGGAAGUGAGUUUUCAGGCAAUCCCUACAGCCACCCUCAGUACACAACCUACAAUGAGGCCUGGAGAUUCAGCAACCCGGCCUUACUAAUGCCACCCCCCGGGGCUCCGCCCCUGCCGCUGCUGCCGCUGCCUAUGACCGCCACUAGUUACCGCGGAGACCACAUCAAGCUUCAGGCCGACAGCUUUGGCCUGCACAUUGUCCCCGUCUGAAGCCCGCCCGUCCGCCCGCCCGCUCGCUUGCUCGCCGCUGGCCUCUCCCCCGCCGCUGGCCUCUCUCCCGCCGCCACGCACGGAGGGAGGGAGGAUCCACGCCAUGCCACGCCACGCAACGGGACGGGACGCUACACCUCCCAGUUGGCCCCUGUCCUCCCUGUUCCCCUCUUCCCCAGCCCCGCAGUCUUUCUCUAAAUCCACGACCCGUGGAGACGGGACGGGCUGAGUCUUGGGAGGAGCCCGCAGACCCCGCCCUUUGCCCCUCUCCGGCCUCUGCCUCCUCCGCAGUCUCCUCCAGAUCCUCUGGGAGGGAGGCGCGGGGAUGGGCCCUAGCCUGAUCUGGCGCCCGCCCCUUCUCUCCCGGGGCGCCUCCUCGGGCUGGGAUAGGGUGUUGUGGCCUCGAACGGGUCUGCUUGCCUGGGCCCGAGUCAAGUCGGGCAGGCUGGACAGGAUAAGCGCGGGGGCAGCACUCACGGCCCCCAUCAACCCGACCCGGUCAAGCCUGCCCCGGCCCGCCUCUCCCCGGCCCGCAGCCUGGAACCAGAAGGAGAAAGAACGACACGAUGUUAAACCGCUUUGCGGGAAAGGCUCGGGAAAGAAAAUCCUAAACAAAAAAGUGAUAAACUAAAGGAAAGAACAAGCCACCCGACCCCCGACUCCUAGUGCGCUGGGCUCUCUCCCCCAGCCCAGGACUUAAGAUGAGUGCGGUGCAGGAUAUCUGUGGGGCCCGAGUCCUGCGAGACAGCAUUUCUGCUGAUGGGCCCUUCCAGCUGGCCGGACUCGGUCUGAUUCUUUCCUCUUCCCACCGAAACCGCCACACCCUACACCAUCACUACUGCCCCUGUUGCUGCUUGGAGCUAUCUCCCGCCCUGGUCCCCACGGGCUUCCCGGAACCCUGUGACACACCUAACCCUGCAUCUGAGACGUCUCCCCAAUCCAUCUCAGCCUUUACAGCCGUGUUCGAUCUCAAUUGGGCUGGGUCACCCUAGAGCAGUGGGUCCCGGCCCUCCCGUCCCAGAGCUGGUCCCAGCCCUCAUUCAGGACAUAGCUCCUCAGUCUGGGGCUGGUCAGGUGAAACAGCCCCGGACCAGCACGGUCCGCUUCUCCUUCCCCCAAGGAGCCAAGCCAGGGGGUUUGGGGUCCAAAUCGGGUCAGCAUAGGGCUGUGUCUGAGCUCUCGCUGCCUGAGAUAGGACCGCCACUAGUCUUAUCAGCGAGGACUGGACAGGGACCUCAAAUUCCACACUUAUUUAAUAUUAUGGCAUUUGCAAAAAGGAAAAAAAAAAGCCUAUGGCUGCUGCUUUAUAGAAAGAUGGUGUGUGUUGUGUGAAGGCGAAUCCUCGUGUAUAUAAACCCUUCUAAUGCCCCUCCCGGCCUGGGCCAUCCUGUAUCGUAGUGACUAAAGCCACCCGCUGCCCGCCUGUAGAUAAGCCCUGCUGUCUGUGCUGUGAGAG